AUUUACAUGCACACGUACCUAACCGAUUGCCAUAUUGCCAUAGACAACACAAUUAAUUUGACUUGUGGUUGGUCAAGGAAAUGAUCGUAACUCACAACCGUUAGGAGAGGUAUUCUGUCAGCGGGUUGUAAGCUUUAAUUAUGGCAUUCUUUAAAAACAUCAAAAGUAAAGUUCGUGGUAAAGGUAAGCUAUCAGUUGUACCAUUGAAUUUGUAUCCUAUUUCUUUAAUAUAAGGUUUUAAAAUCGGUCAUGCAAAAACUUCUAUUUUUACAACUGUACACUGGACUAGAUUUAUACGGCUGCCUUACCUGUGCAUUUCCAAAUUAAAGAAAAUCGAGUGAUGUACCUAAUCCAGUACUGCGGUAAAACUGGAUUGAGUCUACUCGGUUUUUAAUAUUUCAGAGAAUUGUUAAACAACCGUUUUUGUGUGUGUUUGUUUAUAUUUCCUGUUGGGGUUGCGCAGUUGAAUUUUAAUUUCAUGUCCUCUGUAGCAGUUGCCGUUAUCGCUGGCCACUGUUUACUCUAUCGUUUUCUCUCUAAUUCUGAUAUUUACUCAAGAAAAUUCUUAAUAUUACGGACAGGACCCCAUAUCAUUAUCGAUGUCGACAAGCAGAUUAUAUUCUUCGUGUUUUGCGAGUUCCUCGUCAUGCAUGUUUAUGUGUUAUUAUCUCAAAGCCGAAACAAACAAAAAUCAUGCAUGAGAAAAAUACAUUUUGAAUGAGGAUAAUAACCGCAGUUAACGAAAAAGCAACUGUAUCAAUAACUUUAAUUGCCUUAUUUUGUCAAAUAUUUUAAGUUUCGCCAGGGUACUCUUCAAAAACCUCUUUAUAAAUGUUGAUCAAGAGAUAAAGGGCAUUCAUUACCUCAACAGUGUUUUCGCCUGACCUCUUCAGUGCAAAUAGAACAGAUUCCAAUGCAAAUUUUGAGUGCUUAGGAAGACUUCAAUGACCUUGACUGUGUGUGAGCCCCCCGGGGGGGCUACUCAACAAAGUUUUAUACGGAGAGGCUCCGCCCCGAGGUCCAACCCGUUCGGAACCCUUUUUUAUUCCCUUUUUGACACUCCCAGCUAAGGUGCCACUUUCUAUGAUCAGUACCUUCUAUAGACAAAUGGAACCUCUUUCUUAAACCUGGUUUAGAACUUUGCCUCCCUUUUAACUGCCAUAGAUACUCUGUUGUUAAAUUUGAACAAAUUACAAAACCAGAUCCCUUUUUCUAAUUUUUUCAAAGCCAUAAAAUUCAUCAGUUAGCCCUUUCACGCCUAGCUUUUACCGACCCGGAAAUGACAGAUUUCCCUACCCUUUCAUAUACUUCAACAAGUGAAAUCCCUACCCUUUCAGAAGCCUGAAAGGAUUACCCUUUCGGGCGGAGCCUCCCCGUAUAGGACAUUAUAGGGUGUAUAACCCCCCGGUGUUUAUGUGCUUCGGUGAGUCACAAAGUGAAACCGCCUAACAUAAGUUACCGACGCUUUAACAAUAUCAAGUCUUCAGGAGGCCCUGGUCAGAUGGCUACACGUAGGGAUAAGAAUGUUUGAAUAAUACAAUCAACUCCACUUAUGAUAUUAUUCCGGUUACCGUCGGAGCUCGGAGAUAGCUAAUGCAUAGAGUCAUUAAAAACGAGAUCCCAUUAAUAGUUAAGGCAGAGUAUGAGAAAAAUUUCCUCAGAAAAGUUUGCAAAUUCGUGCAAAUCCAUAAAUCUCAGCAACAACGUUUACUCAUACAGUGAAACUUCAAUAAAACAAAGGCCAAGGCACUGGCAAAAAAAUUGUUCGCUAUAACGAGGUUUCGUUUAACCUGGGUGCCAAAGGCUUUUCAUGUGCGGUUUCCGGUCUAGGUCAAGUCUUAAAACGUGUGUCUGCGCCGGACGAAACGAAGUUCCCCGUAGCACGCGAGAAAAAAACCUCUGGUACCCAGGGUAGGUUUCGUUAUAUCGAGCUUCUUUUCCAUAUAAUUUACUACAACUGGAUUUGUUACACGAAAGGAUAUUUUCUCUUGUUUGUUGAUAUCUUCAAAGUGACGACCGUGUAUCAUAUAAUUUUUUUGCGUUGAAAUGGUCGUUAUACUUUCAAGUUGAGCGGGCCUCAAGAUGACCGUGUACAAUAAAAAAAGGGAGAGGAAAUGCUCAGUAAAGUGCCUUCAGAAUUUACUCUCUUGUUAACUCUGAAAUAGGUUGUUUUUUGAACAAUAAAUUUUAUAUUUUUCUAGGUUCUGCAAAAGAGAGGAUAGAGUACAUGGUCACUGUUGUCACAGGAGACAGAAAGGGAGCUGGUACCGAUGCAACAGUAUCUCUCGCUAUUAAAGGUACCCGGCCGUGAGGCUAAUUAUAACUGGACCAAUUAAAUUCUGUUACUCAAAUGACUCGGAACCUCAGGUCGAGGUCUCAGUUGUUGGAAAGGUGGAUAACGCUGUCUACUGGAUGAAUCUAUCCAAUGGACAACACAACUGGUUUCCCUCGAAUAUUUAUGCACUGCAGGAUAAUGAUUUACCAGGAGUGCUACCUAUCUUUUGAGAAACCGGGACCAGUAAGAUAGCAAUAGCCUACAAUAACCUCGAGCCAAACAAGUGACGAGUAAUUAUGGAAGAGAACUCAUCAAGUGAUUAACACGAAGGAAGACCUUGGUGUCUAAAAUUAACCGCCUAUUACUUCGAUGACCUCUAGCACCGCCGCAAAAGUUUACCGAGUUAUAACUUACCUCCCUAGUGCUGCUAUACACCAGACGCUACAAUUCGCCACUACAUAAUGACUAUAAUGGGUAUGUAAAACUUUCGCAACUUUCGCCGGGCAAAGGUCUGGUGGGGAAUCCCUUGAGAUGCAAGCGACCAAAAAGAUCCGUGACACAGCUGAGCCAUAAACGUGUCAAUUAGCUGACUGGAACUGCGCAUGCCUCCCUGAGGCUAUUGUAUCAUCAACUUCUGAUCAUUAGAGUCCUUUAAAUGUAAUUUGAUCAUCAGCUUUUCUUAAGUUUGUUUUAGUUACAUAGUUAUUUUUAUUUAAAUUCAUAUCACUAGUUUAUAUUAUUUUACUGUUGGUGAGAUGUCAUCAUGAGCGAUUUUACCGAUGUGAUUUAGGUAGAUGUAGAUGUAGAUAUAAACUUGUACCCGUCCCCCGUUCUCGAGUGUAAUUCAUGGAACAGUGAAUUCAUUUGUCGAUCGGUGACCAUACUUUUCGUUUAUUAUCAACAAGGUACCAACGGAGAAACUGAUCCGAAGAAACUUGACAAGUGGUUUCAUAAUGACUUUGAAGCCGGGCAAAAAGAUGAGUACCGUGUGAAAACCAAAGAUAUCGGCGAGCCUUUAUUGGUGACGUUGAAGCAAGAUGGGAGUGGUCUCUACAGUGAUUGGUUCGUGAACCGAGUGACCAUCAAAGUCAAAGGGGAUGAUGCCAUUUAUGAUUUUCCAUGCAACCGCUGGGUCCAGAGUGAGAUUAUCAUCUUCGAGGGAACAGGUAACGUUGUGAACAUAUUUAAAGAUCACUUUGAGACUUUCAUGUCAUUUUAAUAUGUAGAAAGUGACGGGAAACGCACGCCAGUAUACAUACUCCUAAGACUGUCCUGGAAUUAUGCUGGCUUGAGCAGUGCAAUACGAAUGCGCAGUUUUGAGCCUAAGAUGAUAUUUUAACAAAAGGGGACACUAAACCCAGGUGGCCAAACCACUGUCCGCGUUGUUGGUAGUCACGCUAGAGAAUUAAACAUUUAAGUACAGGCUUAAAAGGUAUUAUUUUUUAAGUUUCUGCCUGUAUUUCCCGCAACUUAAACUUCACUUCCAUCACUGCCAGCAUAGCACAACCCAGUUUUCUUGUAUGCUUGUGAUCCUUCUGUUUUUAUUCAGCUAAACUGCCUACAGAUGAACAGCAUGACACCGUGAAGGCUCGUAGAGAAGAGGAGCUUAAGCACAGGCGUUCGCUGUACGAAUGGGGGAGGGAUGAAGCGUACUCCGAUCUGCCCGGCUUCGUAAAAGCCGCAAGUGUCAAGGAUCUUCCAAAAGACGUACAGUUCACUGAGGAAGCUGCCUAUGACUUGCACCGUGCUAGGAGAAAAGCUUUGAUGAACCUUGGUCUUGUUAGUCUCCUAAACAUCUUUAACCAGUGGGACGAUUUUGACGACUAUCGUAAGGUAUUUGACUCGGUCAUGAUAUGAGGGGUAUAAAGUUGAUUAGUAAAAUAUUAAUCCAGCUAGUGGUCUAUUAUCAAUGUUGCGUUCUGAUUGGUUGAGCUACUACUAGGCUAUAUGUUACAGCCCACUAGUAGCGAAAAGCGCCGGCUUUUUAAAGUUUUAAGAAGCUAAAACUUUUUUAUUCUUGAUAUUUUUUACCAACUACAUUGGAUUUUACUAAAACAAUUAUUCGUCUCACCUUCAUGGCCUCUGAGUUAAUAGCCCAUUCGGCCGACUCAGAGCCCAUUCGGGCUCGAGGAAUAAUUGUUAAUUAGCCUGGGACCAGGCUCCGCAGUGGCCGAAGAAGGCAAAAAACAGGGUGAAACAGCAAAAAAUAUCGGCGAGCGAAGCAAGCCCAGGGGUGGACUGUGGAGGGGAAAGCGCGGCGGAGCCUGGAGACAUGCCUUUGAUGUAGCUGUCCCAUAAUACCAGAUUCUGGUAUCAUACUAUGAUUGGUCAAAUGUCUUAAUGUUGACAGUUUCGCGGUGUUGCUGACAGUUGAAAUAUCACGCUCUUUCAAGUUGGGAAAACAUUUUUCUUUUCUUAACCACGAAUUUCGGGCAAGCAAUACAAAAUUCUGUGCGAGACUUAUCGCAUAUCAGUCGCUCGGCUCAAAGAAGAGCUACAAAUAUGCCUGUGGUCUGUUGCAAAAUGAAAAAAAGCAUUCAAAAUAUCGAUCUUUUUAUACUCUCCUGUGAUAAACUACGGUCACAUUUCCGAAGCGAUUGACGGAGUUAUAAACCGACAUUCAAAUGGCACAGCAUUAUCUGCCAUCUCCCAAGACUACCGGCUUCGCUCGCAGAUUUUUUUUUCUUUUUCCACCAAUUCGGAGCCUGGUUUCAGGCUAAAAGUUGACAACUUGCUGCAUUCGUAGUGCAUUUUAGGCAAGGAUGCUCUUGUUUUGCUUCUGCAAUAAAACAUUGUAAGUGGAAGAGUAAUAAUUAUCCUUUGAGUUAUGCUAUGCACGAUUCCGUUGGCCAAGUUUUAUUAUCAUGAAAUGAUUUUGCGCAUUUCAUCAUCUCGCAUAUUACUGCAACAUAAAACUGCAACAUAAAAAUUACGCGCCACAAUUUCAACUCGCAAGAAAAUCUGAUUGACGGGCGAAAGGUUGUAAGAAGCAUUGACUGAAUAACUUGACUUAAUAAAAAAUGUUGCUUUAAAACCCAGGCCUUACUGUAUUUCUCUAUAAUUAUAUACGUUAAAUCGGUUAAUUCUAAUCAAUAAAUUUUGCAGGCAUUUACCAGUUUCAUCGGAGAUGUGCCUAAAGCAGCAGAGCAUUGGCAGGAUGAUAGCUUCGUUGGUUCCCAAUUCCUGAACGGAUGUAACCCAGACUCCAUCAAAAGAUGCACCAAACUGCCAUCAAACUUUCCUGUCAAACAGGAGUUGGUCGGUAAUCUGUUGGACAAAGGAGACACGUUAAAGAAAGCACUGAAGGUAAAAACUAUUAUCUACAUCAAGUCCUAGCUAAAAAGGUUUCUUACUUAGGGCAAAAUUGUAACUUAGGGGAGGGUUAGGUGGACUGUUAACCAGAAACCUCAAUGGCCCUAGAUUAUGCAUUUUUACGUCAGACAGCAAAUUUCACCACCAAGCCUCGUUUUGAAAUAGUAAAGUUGCGAAAUUUUGCAUAAAUUAAUUGCCAAGGCAGUAGAGUUGAAAAGAAUAACUAAGCGCAACAAGUGCAAAUGCGAAGAAUUUUUCUUUCAGACGAAGCGUGGUGGUGAAAUUUGCUCGUAUGAUGCAACCAUGCAUAAGGGCCAUUGAACCCGAAAAAGGCCUCAAAAGGUUGCCAUGAUGACGCGAAGCUCAGUAAAACUCAAGAAACUUGGGCUGGUAAAUGAUGAGUGGUUACUGCCAGAAACUCCUGUUACAUUCCCUGUAGUUCUUUGUACCCCACCAGGAACCCAUAACCCCACAGAUUCUUUAUACUACACCGAGCUAGCGCAGCAGUGAGCUUAACUUGCUGUAGAAACGGGCGGUCUACCGUUUUUUUUUCUUUAUCCAUACUAGAUAACACCAGAUGAUGGCUUCCUAGUAAAGACUUAUCAAUGGCCAUUUUUUGAUGUUAUGUUUUUGUUUUUUUCGUUUUGUUUGUUUUGUUUUCUUUUUUUCUCAGUCCUGAUGACUACUUACGGUCAAAAGUUGGGAAAACUUGAUUGCUUUUCAUGGUUGCAGACAGUCGGACACCCAGGGGCAGUCAGUCGGGUCGGGAGAAAAGGCGCGACUGACGAAAGCUUGAAAACUUUCGUCGCGCCUUUUCUCCCGACGCGCGCGGCUGACUGCUCCUAGGUCUCCGAGGAUGGGUUGCAGAGGAACUGACAAUGUUUUGCGCAAAAGCCGCUCUUUGUACACCAAAAUCUUACCUUUGAGAGAAAUUCAAAGUUUGUUUGUUAUUAUUAUAGUUUAAGUCUUUUACGUUCAUGUUUUCGAACGAAGUCAGCGAAAUGAACUAACUUCCUCCGUACCUACGCACCCUCCGUACUAACCCUUAGCCCAUCUGGGAAGACAAAAAGGCUUACAGUAAUUUCAAAGUAAUGCUGAUGGAACGAUUUUCGUAUGACCUUGAAGAGAACCAUAUAUGCUUCUGCCUUGAAAAGUGGUUUCGGUAAGUGUUCGUUAUUUGCUUUAUCAGCCAAUGAAUGAAAAGAUCAAAACAUGUUUUCCCACCAAAGAAAACUCUAAUAUGGAAAAGACAUUGUUCGAUUGGCCAAUCGUGUUGCAGUAUGACGUCAAAACGAAGUAUCGGUUGAUUUCUAGAAAGUUCUUGGGCGUUUUUCACCAAAAGCCAAGCGCGUUUGUAUCCGUCCGAUAAACUGAAAUGAAAUCGCUCUAUUCCCGUUCAUUUGUUUCUGUUUUUUUCUUGCGUUUUCAUUUCAAGGUCAUACGAAAAUCGCUCUACUUGCUAAAACGUAUUUGAAAUGUUGGUUUGACCAUUUACAGGAUGGCAGGAUGUACAUGGUGGAUUACAAAAUCUUAGAGGACAUUCCGCACUAUGGUCAGAACCGAGAGGAUCUGGAACGAAGGUACAUGUGCGCAAGCCUGGGUCUUUUCUAUGUUAAAGGAAGCGGAGACCUGGUGCCAAUAGCCAUCCAGUUCCAUCAGCAGCCAAGCGAUGAUAAUCCAAUAUGGACCCCGAACGACUCCAAGCUGGACUGGCUUUGUGCAAAGUUUUGGUUGAGAAACUCGGACACUCAGUUUCAUCAGGUAAAGAGUUUGAGAGGAGCCAAAAAACAGUAAAAACAAUCGUGAGCUGACAGUUUGGCUGAUGUAACUGUUUGAUAUUGCACUUAUCAAUGUAAACCCCAAGGGGGACGGGGAGAGUGCAGCCAAAGGGUGGGGAUUUUGAUUAAGAAGUGAGAAUUUUGGUCAUUUUCCCAAGGGUGGGGAAGGGUACAUUCGUCAAAUAUAGCUAAAUUUCCCAACCCAAGGGCAAAAUACUAGCUGACAGACGAGUCUGAUAAAUUUAUUUCACAUACCUUUUAAGGUGAAUGUCACAAACCUGACAACCUCGUUUCCCUACAUAUUGUCUCAUGUUGUCCAUAAAAAAGUAACCUUGCAAAGAAAUUUACCCUUCAAAUUUUUACUAGUUUAAUCGUAAAACCCUCGCUUUAAUCUUCAAAAAUGAUUGAAAAUAAAAACACAUUUUAUUGAUACAUUUGUUCAUUUAUCAAAGACUUUGCGCUUAUAUUGAAAUAUUUUAUUGAGUUAAGUAUAAUGAGAGCCACCUCCCCUGUGCCUCAGUGGUACACAUGUAAAGAGAAUUCGAAUGAAAUUAACAUAAAAAGACAACAACAAAAAACGACAUGCCUUUCUGACUAUUUGCAGUUGAUACCCACAAAAUUCUCACCCAGGGAAAGGAUUUCAUGUGAAAUCCCCGUCUAUUGCCCGCAAUCCCCACCCCCUCCUACUGCCCCCUCGCGGGAUUUACAUGGAUAGGUGCAAAACAAAAUGUCACAACCAAGCCGCAAUUUUGGGGGAAAUGUUGAGUUCACUGCUAGAGAAUAGUACGCCCCCGAUCUUUGAUUCCUUCUCCUCCCACGGUCGUCAGUUUAAGUUCAGAGAAUGGUGUGAGACGGAGCCUACGCUUUUUCGUUCUUAUCCGAGAAGACAAGAAUGUCCGACCAUUUAUAACAGAUUUGAACCAAAGGCAGAAAAAAUCUUCUCAGUUAUUUCAAGACCCUGGGGGGCUGGUUCCAAGGCAAGUACUGAACCCGGGGCUAGCCCUCUGAUGGGUGGAAGUGAAUACUUCACUUCACGUUUUGUAAAUAAAAGAUCCUUUGUAUCGCAAAUUUCAAAUACAAGCUUUCUUGUCCUUUUAGAUGAUCACCCAUCUUCUCCGUACUCAUCUUUUCAUGGAACCGAUUGCUGUCGCAAGCUACAGACAACUGCCCACAAUCCACCCCAUGUGGAAAUUGUUGUCUCCUCACAUCAGAGGAGUUCUAGCUAUCAACACUCUUGGGCGAGAUCGCCUGAUUGCUGAGGGAGGGGUGGCUGAUAACACUCUCACUGUCGGUGGUGGAGGUACGUAUGGCAUUACCAUUGACAAUUCUGGUUUACAUACAAAAAUAAAAUCAUUUUAAGUAGACAGUCAUUCAAGAUUUUCACUGGCAUAUGUUUCCCGUGGCUGUUAAUUGACUGUUUCCGGGUCUCGAGAACAAACUACGAUCAUGCAGGUACAAAAUAUAACCCUCUGUACCUCGAUGGGUUACACUAUGUUGACACUUUACCGGGUAGCUCUUGCACGGGCACAAAACUAUGCAGGAUAUAGAGGGCUUCUGUUCACACGAACGAACGAUGAUUUCUGUCACUUGGUGAAGCUGCGUCGCAUCGAAAGUAUAGCGUCACAUCAUCGCUAGAUUCUGUGCCAUGCUUUGGUGCAGUCUGAACUGAUAUUCGGACUGUAGCGGAAGUGAAUACGAAGGAGCAGCGGCUGGAAUCAACUGAGACGGAAGUAAAUAUUCAAUUAGAGUGACGACUGGGAUUUAGUUCACUAAACCCUCUUGGCCAUUCCACUCCGGCAUCAUGUUGGAUGUGUGCGAACGACAUGUUCCAGGUAUGGUCAGGUAUGUGCUGUUGUUGUUGUUCCGGAUAGGUUUUCGUCCCGCGUCAGAAGAAUUUAUCCGGUAUAGUGUAAACAUAGCCUCAGGGUGGUGAGUGGGGGCCAGAAGAAAGGACAUUCUUAGAAGACGUCAUAAUUACUUAUUGCAAAAUAAAUAACUCCAGAAGACUGGUGCGUGAUUUGUGGUCGUUAUGUUGCUGUAGAUUCAUAAUCUCGUACCCAGAUCUCCCACGGCCAAGGGAGUGUAAAACAGAGUGAGAUCUGGGUACGAGAUUAGUAGAUUCACAAUGGCGGAUCCAGACCUUCAGAUAACGCGGGGGGGGUCAUCCGUACCCUGAGAUAAAGGGGGGGACGGUCUCAAAAAAAUUCUUUCGGCCCCCUUCGGGUCUCAGUUUGGUCUAAAAGUAGUUUAGGGAAAACCAGAGAUGCAUCUUUCCGUUUUGCAUUAUUGCAGGUCACAUUCAGCUAAUGAAAUUAUACUACAAGUCGACUAGUUGGGCCACCUAUGAUCUUCCUCAAGCUUUAAAGAAAAGAGGCGUUGAUGAAGUAAACAAACUGCCCAACUUUCACUAUCGAGAAGAUGCUCUGAAACUAUGGACCGCCAUCGAGGAAUUCCUCAAGGAGAUUCUACCCAUUUACUAUCCCUCCGAUGAUGUCGUAAAGAAGGUAAGGGGAGCCUAGAUCGAAGUUUAUUCACCCUCCUAACUCUCAAUUGCUCUUUUGAAGUUUACACGUUUCUUCAUGAAGUAUAAUGCAUUGGGAAAGAAGAUGUUCAGAAGGACUGCUGAGAUCUAGACAGACAUUUAGGGCCCGAAACACAUUCUUGGGAUAAUUAACAAUUAAUGAAUGAGGCUGAGUAUCUUAUGAAGAAUUAUGGAGAUCGAGGAGGGUGUUAUCACCGGAUAACACCCUCCUCCGAGAUCUCCAUAAUUCUUCAUAUGAUACGAAAGCCGAAUUCAUUAAUUGUUUUAUUAUUCAUUCAAAAUAAUUCCUAGUUUAAAACCAUGGCAAAACAUGCUUACCUCCAUCGAUCCAUUGAUGUUAAGUUCAUCUUCGAUAGUGCACGUUUAGGGUUGUUCAGCUCCGCAAAUAUUCUCCAAAUAGCAGAUGUCGCCUUUCGAGUUGUCUUCUUGCUGUUCUUGCCAUGUUUUUAGCUAUUAUUUCGCCUAGUUCUUACUCUUGAAACGAGUGAAAUGUCCGCCAUUUUUAUUUCACAACCAAAAACAACUCAACCUCGUCCCCAGGUCUUCUCGGUUUACGGUGCAUUAACCUGCAAGAAAGCUGCACUUUUGACGUCAUCGGUUCAUCAAACGUAAAAUUCUUCCAAAUUUGGACAUCAUGCGUAUGCUUUUAGCCAAUCAGAAUCGGGGAAAUAUUUUGCAUGAAUAAUAAAAGUAGUUAAUAAUAACAGAUGAUGUAUACAAGCUAAGAAAAUUAAUGCUUUUAAUCAGUCUCUGAAAACUGCGUGGUUCCUCUUUAUGUUCUCCUUAGUUUUUACAGAUCUUCAGGUUAAGUCAAGGACACCAAAGCAGUCUAUCCCCUUUUUUCAAUUUCUUUCACGCUUAGAUAUAACUCAACAGGGUACAUGUUUAAUUUUAUCUUUUAUACCAGGACUAUGAGCUGCAGAACUGGAUCAAAGAUCUCUAUGACAACGGAUACCCUGUUACUGCUGGACACGUUGACCAUGGCGUCCCAGCUUCCUUCAAGAACCUCAAGCAGCUGCGCGAAUUUCUCACAGCCAUUAUAUUUACUUGUGCAUGUCAGCACGCUGCGGUUAAUUUUUCACAGUUGGAUGUGUACGGCUUCCCGCCAAAUUCUCCCGCGCUUAUGCGCCAGCCACCACCCACAAAGAAGGGCGAGGUCACAAUGGAGAACCUAAUGAAAUGCCUUGCUACCAAGCAUCAAGCGUCGAUCACCAUCGCUACAGUGUACGAUUUGACUCGCAUUUAUCCGGACGAGGUGCGCUUUACUCAGAACUGUACAAAUAUGUAGUUAAUAAGGUGCAAAUCCUCAAGUGUAAUAUCAGGGAGAAGCGGCACCUCAUGUGCUACUGGUAGAAGUUGCUAAUUUUAUUUGCUUACUCGAGGAAAUGGGAUUCCGGAUCCCUUCACCUGUAUUCUGGAUUCCAAACCCCAAGAUUUCGGACUCCAAAUAAGUAAAAUUUUCCCAGAUUUCGCAUUUCGUGAGCAGAAAUUUCCCGGAUUUCGGAAUUUGGAUUCCCUUGCAUGGGACAACUCUCGAAUGAAGAAAAGAAAAAACAAGCAAACAAAUUACAAUACUUAAGUAGGUUGAGCUUUAAUGACUACCGCACCGGUUGUCGAAACGUCCGUCACACUGUCAACAACAGUCAUAUUCAGAACUACGCUCAUCCGGACGAUUAUGCUCCGCAACCUCACCUACUCAUUAAAUUACUCCUGGGCUCAUAUCUUUAACAAAUUACAAAACAAUGCAGGAAAAAAAAUUGAAGAUAACUAAGACAAAAGUCAGGCCUUUGCACCCUUUUUGUGACUUAAUCUUGUCCUUCUCCACAGAGAUUUAUUGGCGACUAUCGUGAGGAGCUAUUCACGGAUGCGGCGGCGAAGACUGCUAUUUCUGGGUUCCAGAAGAAAUUGAAGCAAAUCUCCGCUGAAAUAAAAGAACGGAAUGCAAAACUUGAAAUACCUUACCCUUAUCUGCUGCCGGAGCGCAUUCCUAACAGCAUCGCCAUCUGAAAAUGUCUUUCCAUAAAGAAAUCAGUAUGAAUAAUGGAAAUUCUGUAGAGCGCAUAUCAAGAAUUCUGUGAGUUAUUUUCCUUGGCAGUUGGGUUUUUUGACUACCUUGUAUAGCCCCAGUCGAUGUGUGUGAUGUAAGAUAAGACCUGGGGGAUUUGUGGAAUAG